CCUCACUGACCUCAACAUUCAAACUUCCAUACAGCGCAACAAGCUCAAGAAUUGAACCGGACGAGCAACCCCGGAAAACGAUCCAUCACUAAAGGAACUGCAAAGACCGAAAACAACAAAAAAAAAGCGCAAAUAUGUCCGAUAUUGGGGAUGAGAUGGACGUUGAUGUCCCCGUUGUCAGCAAAGAUGUGAUAUUUUCCUCCGAAGCCAAGCAAGGCAAGCGAAGUGCUGCCAAUCUGCCAGUUGAGGCUGAGGAUAGCCUCCCUUGGUAGGUGCUUGUAAGAAACGUCAUCAAAGAUCAGGAUUAACGGAGCUCAGGGUUGAAAAGUACCGCCCAAAUACCCUCGACGACGUCUCGGGCCAUCAAGAUAUCCUCGCUACUAUCAACAAAUUCAUCGACCAGAACCGUCUCCCUCAUCUACUCCUCUACGGUCCUCCAGGUACUGGAAAGACGUCGACAAUUCUGGCCCUUGCUCGUCGUAUCUAUGGAGCUGCGAACAUGCGGCAAAUGGUUCUCGAACUCAAUGCCUCAGAUGACCGUGGUAUCGAUGUAGUGCGAGAGCAGAUCAAGACAUUUGCCAGUACCAAACAGAUCUUCUCCAUGGGUGGUGCAUCUGCCCGCUCAGGCAACUCGAUGGCUGGAUUUAAGCUCAUUGUUCUGGAUGAGGCUGAUGCUAUGACGAGCACAGCCCAGAUGGCUCUACGACGAAUAAUGGAGAAGUACACCACCAACACACGGUUCUGUAUCAUUGCAAACUAUUCCCACAAGCUUAGCCCAGCGCUUCUGAGUCGAUGCACACGGUUCCGCUUCAGUCCGUUAAAGGAGGGCGAUAUUAGGGUGCUAGUUGACAAGGUGGUGGAGGAGGAGCAUGUUAGGAUUGGCGGAGAGGCGGUUGAUGCCUUGGUGAAGCUGAGCAAGGGUGAUAUGCGAAGAGCACUGAACGUUCUACAGGCCUGUCACGCAUCAAGUACACCAUUGCGAGCGAAGGAUGCACCCAAAGUGCCUGACAGCGAAAUUGAACGCGAAAAUAUCACAACGGAGACUAUUUAUAACUGCAUCGCGGCACCCCCACCUGAUGCCAUCAAAGAGAUUGUGUCGACGCUGCUUAAGACAUCGGAUGUCACAAGUUGUCUAAACACUAUCAACGCUCUCAAGGUGUCGCGAGGUCUUGCGCUGGCGGAUAUUAUCACAGCGCUCUCCGAGGAGUUAGUGAAGCUAGAGGUUGGUCCUGAGGUGAUGAUCACCUGGCUGGAUGGUCUCGCCAAUAUCGAGCAUAGAGUCGCCGGUGGAGGCAGUGAGUUGAUCCAGACUGGGGCAGUCGUUGGAGUUGUCCGAAACGGAGUUGAGUUGAUGAGCCGAUAAUUUCAGAAUCUCUACGGGAUACCGAGCGUCUGCACAAGGACGUAACGAGUUGAUUGACAUUGAAGGCUGAAUAUUCGUACGAUGUUACACGACGGUUAACUGUGCUACAAGCAUCAAAAGCCUCUUAUAGAACAUAGAUGGAACCAAUUAAGCAUCAUGGCAAUGAUUUUAAACCCAGACGCCGCAA